CCGCCGGCUCUGUUUCCGGGGGACGGUUUCGUGGUCGGACCGCGCGCACGGCGAGCCUGUCGUUGAAUCCUGCUUAUCUAUGAGAUGCAGUUAACACAUCAGCUGGACCUCUUCCCUGAAUGCAGAGUGACCCUUCUAUUAUUUAAAGAUGUGAAGAAUGCUGGAGACUUGAGGAAAAAAGUCAUGGAAGGGGCCAUCGAUGGUUCAUUAAUAAACCCUAGAAUGAUUGUCGAUCCAUUUCAGAUACUUGUGGCAGCAAACAAAGCAGUUCACCUCCACAAACUGGGAAAAAUGAAGACAAGAACUCUGUCUACUGAAAUUAUUUUCAACCUUUCCCCAAAUAACAAUAUUUCAGAGGCUUUGAAAAAAUUUGGCAUGUCAGCAAAUGAUACUUCGGUUCUAAUUGUUUACAUUGAAGAGGGAGGCAAACAGAUAAAUCAAGAAUACCUCAUAUCUCAGGUAGAAGGUCAACAAAUUUCUCUUAAAGAUCUUCCUGAAGUAACAAAUAUUACAGAAGUAAAAAAGAUAUAUAAACUAACUUCUCAAGAAGAAAGUACUGGGACAUUAUUGGAUGGUAUCAUUUGUAGAAUGUCAACAAAAGAUGUUUUGUGAAAUGAUGGAAAUGUUAACAAAAUUUUUAGAAUUUAUAAAAUAAUUUUCAUGAUUAUAAUUAUUAUAGAAAAAAUUUUAAAAUAAUGUAUGAAAAAGAACAUACACUCCUAAGUCAUACCUCUUAAAAAUUUAAGAACUACAUUUAUUUUUGUUUUAUGUUUUCCAGUUUUCUAUUUCUGUUUAACUAUAUAUGUAUACAUAUAUGUGUAUAUUUGUAAUUAGGACAAUA